AUGUAUUGGUACUUAUCACACUUAUGUUCAACUCACCUCGUACAUCUUGAUCGUAUACGGGCUUGUGUCAUCACAGAGAGCCAGAAAGCAUUGUCCAAGACUGGUGAACAAUCACGGCAGGACAUUGAAACUCGGAUAAAGUUUCGUGAGCGUACUCUCAACCUCCUUGACAGAUUAUCUACGGAACUCGGUGUUACGGAUGCAUUUUCCAUAGCAUUGAAUGCUCUUUAUACCAUUCUCUCACGUCAUGGUCUGAUAGAUCAAGACUGCUCUUCAUCACCUGGAUAUUCCGCUGCAAAGCUUCGUUAUGAACUUCGAAUGAAACCAUUUCUGCCAAUAUUUUUGCCUGAGGUGGUACCCUUUGAAAUCUACGAACGUGAAGCCACGCUUGAUGGCCAGAGUGAUAAGGCGGUUCUAAACAGAGCCGUUCGAGCCGCAGCCGAGGCAAAGAAGGGUCUAGAAAGGUAUCUGGCAGAUGGCCCUUACCUUACACCCAAGGAUAAGUCGUCAAAGACAACAUCCGGUCUCGAGAGUGAUUGGAUAAAAAACGCAAAGAAUAUGCUUCGAGCAUGUAUUGCAACAAGCAUAGCAAUUGACACUGUCAAAAAGGCUAUACUGGACAAGCAGUCAUCUAAACCUCUAAAUAUCUCUGUUCAGGUACCCGAGGUUGGAUCACAGUCUCGAUGGCAUGAAUGGUGGGCCGUUCCGCAG